UGGUCCAAUCGUGAAUCGUCCAAUCCACUCCAAUCCAGGAGUGCGCAGGAUCUUUUGCGUUGUUCGAGAAUCGUCUGAAAAUUGCCAUUUCAAACCUUCCGCACUGCCCGCGUGACACGCUACCAUGUUGGUGAUGUGGAAGUGCUGCUCGUCGCCCGCAGCAGUGGUACCCAUUAAAACAUGGGUCAGCCAUACCACGCGUGCUCCAGCAUUGGUCCAAAAGACCCUCGGCAUGUCGACUCGUGCAAGGCCGAGGUUUCAGACCGCAACAGCUAGGCGAAGGACUCUAAAAGAAAUCAUCAUGGCUCCUGCAGGUGACACAGCAUUCAAUGUCGGAAAAGCAGCGCUUGCUGGAGCUUCCGCAUUUGGUGUCGGUGCGCUUUGUUACUAUGGCCUCGGGAUGGCAAAUGAAGCAGGUGCUCUGGAGAGAUCUAUGUUGUGGCCUGAGUAUGUAAAGCAGAGGGUACGCAGCACGUACAUGUACUUUGGUGGCAGCAUCGCCAUUACCGCUGUGUCUGCUCUUGCUGUCAGUCGGAACCCGGCUAUGCUAAACUUGGUGAUGAGGAACUCGUGGCUGGCAAUCGGGGCCAGCUUUGCAGCGAUGAUCGGCACAGGAAUGCUUGUGCGGUCGAUGCCAUACACCGAAGGCUUUGGUGCAAAGCAGGCUGCGUGGAUGUUGCACAGUGGAGUCAUGGGAGCGCUGGUGGCCCCCAUAUGUCUCUUGGGAGGACCCAUUCUAGUACGUGCUGCAUGGUACACGGCUGGUGUGGUUGGAGGGCUCUCCUCAGUUGCGGCCUGUGCUCCAAGUGAAAAGUUUCUUAACAUGGGAGGACCCCUUGCUAUUGGCCUGGGACUUGUCUUUGCAUCAUCUAUAGGUACAAUGUUCCUGCCAGCGUCAACUGCCCUGGGUGCAGGGCUGUACUCCAUGAGCAUGUAUGGUGGUCUGAUCUUGUUCGGAGGCUUCCUCCUCUAUGACACCCAAAGAAUAAUAAGGAUGUCCGAGAUGUAUCCUCUGUAUGCAGUCAAGCCGUACGACCCAGUCAAUGCCUCCAUCUCCAUCUACUUGGACACGUUAAACAUCUUCAUCAGGAUUGCAGUGCUUCUGGCUGGUGGUGGCUCCAGAAGGAAGUAGAAAAAUGUUUGAAGAAUUGGAAUGUUCAACGCAACCUAGGGCACUGACAGCAUUUGUGUAAACUUUCUGAAUGAGUAGAUGCAUGAAAUUGUUCCCCCACUUGUACACCAUCAAAUAUAUUUAUGGGCAUAACAAAAAAGAUAUCAUUCUUUCA